UGGAGAGAGAAAGGCUUGUCAUAUAUAUACACCAUUUUGGAUGUGGUAACCAUCUCUCACCCACACGAUAACCACUUGUUGAGACGAAGAAAGAUACAACAGGUAUAAGCCAAAAUGCCCUUCAGUGCAAAAUAUGGGAUCGCUCUGCUGGCCGCUGUUGGUCUGGCAUCGGCUCAUUUCACUCUAGACUAUCCCACAUCCCGAGGGUUCGAUGAUGACAAUGAGCCGGAGUUCUGCGGCGGCUUUACUAAUGUUGAGACUCGUCAACCUUUCCCAUUGAUGAAUGGGCCAAUCUGGAUCGACUCACAUCACACUGCUGCGACUCUCGACGCGUUCUUGAGCGUCAACCAAAAUCCGACCUCGUUCAACGACUUCAACACGACUAGCAAUGGGACAGCCAUUCCCAUGGUGACCAAUUUCUUCCAGAUCAAGGAACCCGGAGAGUUCUGCUGGAAUGUAUCCUUAGCCAACCUCGGUAUCGGUCUACAAAAUGGAUCCUUGGUCACCCUUCAAAUUCAAUACGAUGGAGGUGACGGCGAGCUCUAUCAAUGUACGGACCUCAUCCUCUUGUCAGAUUACACGGCUCCCGCCGACCGUCGAUGCCCCAUUGACGCUACAAGUGAUCCGACUGGCACUGUCUCUUUCGCUGGAGCAUCCUCUACCGCUGGAUCAUCCUCCACCUCUGCUGGAGGCUCUGCGAGUGGCACAACGAGUCAGGCUAGUCAGACUUCCAGAGCUGCAGCUUCUUCGACCUCUGGUGCAUCUCGUGCGAAGACCAAACUUGGCUCAUGGACAGUGCUCGGCUCGCUCGUGGGAGUGGCGGGGAUCUCGGUCAUGUAGAUUAGCCAGCAGCUGCACGAAUCAUAAUUUAUGAGACACAGUCAUACCAUGGCCUUGCACUGGAAUGCAUUAUGGAUGAUGUAUUCAGGA